AUGUCGCCCUCCAUGGACCCUUCCUGCCUCCUGCUUGUUGCCCCCUUAGUUCCCUCUACCUCCUGCUUCAUCUUGCUGAGAGCAGCCUACACGGCCCUGCUAUAUGGAAACGGUCCGGGAUAUGCGCUCAAGGACGGCGCCCGGCCAGAUGUUACUGAGAGCGAGAGUGGGAGCCCCGAGUACCGGCAGCGGUCAGCAGUGCCCUUGAACAUAGAGACACAUGCAGGCGACGACGUGGCGGUGUUCGCGCGCGGCCCGCAGGCGCACCUGGUUCCUGGCGUGCAGGAGCAGAGCUUCGUAGCGCACGUCAUGGCAUUUGCCGCCUGCCUGGAGCCCUACACGGCCUGCGACCUGGCGCCCCGCGCCGGCACCACCGACACCGCACACCCGGAGCCGUCCGUGGUCCCCGCGUUGCUUCCUCUGCUGGCCGGGACCUUGCUGCUGGGGACGGCCACUGCUCCCUGA